AGGACUGUUGGGUGGAGGCUGGAUUUUGGCGUCCGUUGCGCGUGUGUGUGUGUGUGUGUUUCUAAAGGUGGGACGUUGCAUCACUGGAGAGUCUGUUGAGGACACAAAAGCAGCGUUGUGCACUGGUCAUGUGAUGCCUGUUCGGAAAGCUCCGACCAUGUGAUCCUGCCUCACAGAAUGCUGAGUCGAACGUACAAAUGCUGCCUCACCCUUGAGAUGUGAGCAUGUUAGAGUGAACAAAUGAGAUGAGAAAGAUACAGCGCCAUUUAAAGAAUGAAGACAUAGAGGAACAGGUGUGAAGGACAAAACAGGAAACGAAAGCAGUAGUGUGUCAAAUGCUACGGUGCAAACUACGUGCACUUCUCUCAUUCGGUCCUUACUCACUGUUUCCCUGAUGGUGCUGUGGGGAAAGUGGCUGUCUUCUGUCGAGUCAUUUUGUUGGAAUGUGGAGAUUUUACAAGGACAAGAAGCGAUGGCUGAAGUGGACCAGAAACGUCUUAGAAUGUGUCCUAGGAAAUUGGAAUACGGUUUGGAAUGGAAAAGGAACACUGUGGAAUUCCACAGCUGCACCAGGAACAAUAGAUAACAUGAUCCAGAUGCAUCUGUGAGGAAGUGUGUGUGUGUCACAUUUAGUUGCCACACCCCUCUUCGCCCCUGCGCAGACCUUGUGACUGCGUUGCUGUGGCAAUUGGACAGGGAAUUUAUCAGAUCACUUUAACAAUCUUAAGUGUCUGUCACUAUGGUGUUCUUUAUUUACUCUUUGCGAUUAAUGAGAGGAAAUGCAAACAUCCGUUGUGCCAUGAAGACAUUUCAUGCAGUGUGGACUGAGAAGGACUUUUAAUCUGGGAGCAUUUUGCAGCUGUAAUAGUUUUCAUUUCAGCUCCACAAACAAAAGCAUGUUGGCUGUUGCCAUGGCGUCAGUGUUUCGCAGGCUUCCUGUUUUGGUGGUCUGUUACUUAGAAAGAUCCUGGAGUUUGCCACAGGGGGUCAGCAGAGUGUGGGGUAUGAGUCAUGACGUCUGUGGUGCUUGUAGACAGUGGAGGAACAGUGGUGGAGUAUGUCACUGCAGUGGACGACCAUUUACCGGAGGAGGGUGUGUAUGAGGUUGAGGGAGAAAUGGAGGGAGAGGUGGAAGGAGAGGCGGAGUACCCUGCGGUCAUCGUAGAGCCAGUGCCCGGUGCACGGUUGGAGCAGGGCUUCGCUGCUCAGGUGCUGGUGUACGACGAUGAGACUUACCUGAUGCAGGGAGUGGCUGAGGAGCAGGAGGUGGAGACUGAGGUGCUGGAGACAGUGGAAGCAUCAGUUCAUGGCUCCAGUGUGCACUGCUCUGAUAAAACCAUCGAGGCUGCUGAAGCUCUUCUACACAUGGACUCUCCCUCCAGUUUGCGUGGAGAUCGGAGCCCAGAGGUGUUUGUGCCUCCAUGUAUCAAUACUUCAGAGUUCCUGCAUGCUGCUAUGCGACCCGACGUGCUGACAGAGACGGUGGUGGAGGUCAGCACAGAGGAUUCGGAGCCCAUGGAGGUGGUUACAGUUCUUCAGGAACCUGAGAUGCUGGAGACGGAGCCCACCAAGAGAAGAAAAUCUGGGCGGAAACCCAAACCCCAUCACAUUUCAAACGGAUCUCCAGAUCUGGGCAUCAAGAAAAAGUCUAGGGAAGGGAAAGGAAGUACAUACCUGUGGGAGUUCCUGUUGGACCUGCUGCAGGAUAAGAACACCUGUCCCAGAUACAUUAAGUGGACACAGAGGGAGAAAGGCAUCUUUAAGCUGGUGGACUCUAAAGCUGUGUCAAAGCUCUGGGGCAAACACAAGAACAAACCUGACAUGAACUAUGAAACGAUGGGCAGAGCGCUCAGGUAUUACUAUCAGAGAGGUAUCUUGGCUAAAGUAGAGGGUCAGAGGUUGGUCUAUCAGUUUAAGGAAAUGCCUAAAGACAUUGUCGUCAUCGAUGAUGAUAAGUGCGACCCUGGCGAUGACGUAAUCGGAGAGAAGGCCUAUGAGCGCGUUCCUCCCUCAUCUGACACACUAUUGACGACUGACCUCUCCAAAACCCCUGCCAUCUUGAGAGGGGGCGGCAGGACUAUAGUCCACCCAGGCUCCCCAAAAGCUAAAACUGCACUUACUGCAAGUCCAGUUCAGCGCAUCGUAACAGUCUCCACGACAACAGAUCCAUCACAGCCGUCUCAUGCCACCAUUAUUCCCAAUGCACCCAGGACUGUGCGGGUUGCUAUGCAAGUGCCGGUGGUUAUGACAAACUCCUUGGGACAGAAGAUCUCCACAGUGGCCGUGCAGUCAGCAAACCCUUCGCUCUUCACCACAGCGCCCACCAAUGCCGGCUCACCGACUGGCAUGAACGCACCCAAGGUUCUAAUCCAGACCAUGCCAACGAUGGUGCCCGCCACAGCAGAGAAUGGUGACAGGAUCACAGUUCAGCUCGCCAAGAUAAUCACCAUCCCUGCAACCCAGCUCACGCAAUGCCAGCUUCAGGCCAAACCGGGCACUCCCACAGGCAUCAAUCUGAUGGGCGCCCCCCUCGCCGUCCGAGCCCUCACGCCCGUGUCUGUGGCGCCGGGGACGCAGGUGGUCAGACUGGCAGUUCCAGCCCAGCAGAGUCCUGCUCAGGCGAAGACACAGGUUCCCGUUUCAAUCCAGACGCAAACUCAAGUCCCAAUCUCCAUUCAGACAACGUCUACUCCGGUCGCUGUACAGAGUCCGGCGUCAGUCCCAGUUCAGAUCCAGGUUCAACAGAGCCAGCUCUCUCCAAAAGCAAAGAGCGCAGCCCAAACCUCAGAGUCCAAACCCAACAGCACUUCUGAGCAGGACAGUCUCACGCAGGAAGCAGUAGAGGUGGUAGAGGAAGAUUCAAAACCACAGUUCGCAGCAGAGAGCUGAAGAGUGAUGCGCUUUGUCAGCCAUGAACAAUAAUAAAUGAAUUUAUAAUCCCCAGAUACUAUUCAAUCACAUUCUGGGAAUACAAACUGGAGUUGUACAGUUUCAAGUUCAAGUGUGGUUUCAUUUUAUAUAUUAAAAAAAAAAGGCAGGCAAAGACUCCAGCCUGUAGUGGCACCCCAAUUCUCACAUCAUGUGAACUAAACCUGGAUGUCCGUCAUUUCAAUUAUGAGUUGUUAAAGGGACCAAUGUAAAGAACACUACAGUUCUCCAAAAAAAAAAAAAACCCUACUUUGACACUAAUGACAGCUAAGCAGAACACUAAGGAGCGAGUAGUUGUAGUAGUCAAGUAUGUGAACUUUUGAGGGAGUAUAAAUUCAACUUUUUAUAACUUGUAUAAAGAUUUUUUUCUUUAACAUUAAAAUUGCAAGGCAAAACCAGCAGUUUCUUUUGACGAUCACUGUGAGUCACGCUUCUGCCCGUGUUUCACAGGAACAUGUCGAUUCUCCCUCCAUCUCUACUAAGAGAAGAAAUGGACUUUGUAUAUAGGAAUUAUACAGUUUACUGAAUUUAUAAACAAUGCAGCCUUAGAACAGUUUUUUUUUUUUUAAAUCAAGCUUAUUAAGCUUUUGUGUUAAGCUCAUGUUGUGUUGUUGUUGUUGUUGUUGUUGUUGUUUUUUUUUCCUCACACAUUGUACCAAGCACAGUAUUAUUGGCAAGCAAACUGCAAAGCAUUUUUUGCAUUCUCAUUUUAACUUCCUGGAUAAAAAAGGCCAUACUAUUUUGGUGUAAUCAUAUCUGGGUCCAAAUUCCGUAACAAUGGCAAUUUGUUAAAACAGAAGAGAAAAAGAAAGGUCAAUCAUCAGCAUGUAUCCUCACUGCAAAUACAUUUCUAACGAGUUUGUUUUCUUUUGAUUUUUAUUAGUCCUUAAAGAGGGAGAACAAGAUGUUUGUGUUCAGAAUAAUCUAGUUUGUAUAUUCAACAUUUGAAGUAUAUUCUAUUUUGUUGUACUCUUGUUUCAAAGUGUACUCAAGUAGAUUUUACUCAAAUACAAAAAUAUUCCUGA